AUGAAAAAUUACUAUCAAAAUUUAAUUAUUCAUUUCAGUAGUUUUGGAAUAUUAUUAGGAACUUUAGGAAUUCUUAACUAGAUUUUUCCUUCUUUUUUUAUUAGAGAUUUAAUAUAUUUACUUCCUUUAUAAAUAUUUGUGAUUCAGAAAUGUUUGAAGGUUGAUUUAUACUAAUUUACAAUCUAAAAUAAGUUAGAGUAGUUUUCAAUUGAUGAAUUAAAAUAUAUAUCAUGUAUGAUUUUUGAUGGAGAAUGUUUGGAUGAAUAAAAAAAUUAGUUAUUUUUAUAUUAAUUCAUUAAACAUAAUUCAAAUAAAAUGGAAAAAUUAUAAACCUUGAUGAAUUAAAAUUUAAAUAAAGAAUCUAUAUAAGUAAUUUAGCAAUUUAUAAUGCAAAAUAUUCUUAGACGUUUAGAAUCUCUUUCAGGAGAGGUUAAAAAUCCUUUUAAAUUAUUGUAAAUAUACAUCAAUUAUAUAUAAAUUCUUAUUGUCCUUAGUCUUUAUGUAGAAGCAUAAUAAAUAAUUGAAUAAUUAUUUAAGUAUAAAAAAAAUAAUCCAUCUAAAAUAGCAACAAAGGCUUUUAAAUUAGUCAUAAGAGCCGAAUUGAAUUGGAUAUAUAAAAUAUAUCUUGAAAUUUUAGAAGAUAAAAUCAUAGCUAAUAUGCAAAAUAAAAUGAUUCAAAAAUCUUCAUAAUUAAGAUUAAAUAAUUAAGCAAUAUCUCAGGCCAUUAAGUAACUUUCAAUGAUUAAUUCUAAUAAUAUAGAUGUACAAACAAUAUUUAAGGAUGUUGUAAAUUAAAAAAUAGAAUUUCUCAAUUUUAUAAAGAAACAAUAAAUAUCCGAGUAGAUUUUUAGUGAUAAAGUUCAUUAAAUUUUGAGUGAGUAAGAGAAAUUACUAAUAAGGUUGAAAUCAAAUUAUGAAUUACUUCCAAGUAUAAACUUGUUUUUAAUGUAUAGCAAUAUAAAAUUAAAGCAUACUUAUGACAUACUAAGUUUAAAUUUUAAACAACAUUCUAGAUGCUUAUUAGUUUAGUAAAACAAUUGCAUUAGAUGAAAAUAUUAUCCUUAAACAUCAUUAAUCAGAAAUGGUUAAUUUUUUAAGUUAAUCUUUUAGUUUUGUGAUAUUUGAAAUUCAUGACUUAUAAAAUAUUUAAAUUAAAUAUCAUUCUGCAAGUUAAAACGAAAACUUUAUUUUAAAAGAAGGUAAUCAAUUAAAUUCUUUAAUUCCUCAAUCUUUAUAGAAUUUCCAUUAGUAAUUAAUUGAAAGGUUCUUAUAAGAAGGAUAAAAUAAAUAUUUUUAAACAAUAGAUGAAACUUUUAUUAAAAUAAGGAAUGGCAUUUUUUAACCUAUUGAUAUAUGUAUGGAUUUAAAUCAUAAAAACACUUAAAAUAUUGAAAUAAUUUCAGUUUAUAGAUCACCUCAGUGUGAAAAAUAAUUAAUAUUAAUUGAUUCUAGUUUAAAAAUAUAAGAAUUAAGUCUUUAUCUAUAUUAAAAUGGCUUUAAACUAUAAGAAAAUCAAAUAGAAUAUAUAUUAGGCACUCAUAUAUCUAAAGUGAUUCCUAAUUUUAAAAAAUAUAUUGAUGAAAAAGUUUAUGAAAUUAAAAAUUGUCCAAUAAACUUUUUAAAUUUUUAAGAUGAAUAUGAUUCUAAAACAAAAUCUAAAACUCAUUAUAAUUUUGAUGAUAUGGAAUAUAUUUCUUUAUAUUCAUGCCAUUUGAAUAUUAUUCAUAGACAUUUUGAUGAUAAUUCAUAUUAUUAUAUACUAAAAAUUGAUAAUCUUAAAUUAGAUAGAGCAAACUCAUUUAGUUAAUUUAAAAUGACUUAAAAUUCAGAAUAUUUUUGUGAAAUGGAUGAAGAAAUAGUAAUAAAUAUACCCGAUUUAGAGGAAGAUAAUUUAAAAUAAAUAAUUUUAAAUACUGAAAGAUAGGAAGCUUAAAUGGAAUUAUUAUAAAAUAAUUAAGAAUGUUAUUAAAUUUAUGAUAAAAAAUUUACAGAAACUUCAAUAUUUAAAUCAAAACAAUUAAUUUAAAUUGAAUUGAAUGAAAACUCAAAUUUAUCAAGCAUAACUAAAAUUAAAAGAUCACCUUAUUAUAAAAAAUUUUCUCAAUAUUCCGCUAUUAUCAAUUCUCAAAUUAAAUCUAGUAAUUUGAUUGCUUUCAAUAUUUUUUAUUUAAUCUAUAUGAUUUUAAUUUUAACUUUUUCUAUCAAAGUUAUUGUAACUACAUAUUAAAUAAAUGAUUAUAUAUCUCAUCUGAAUUUAUUAUCAAUAAAAAAUGAAAUUUAUUAACCAAUAGAAUCUUUUUUAUUAACAAGAUAUACUAUUUUAACUUAUAAUACACUUUUAUAAACAAAAGCUAUUACAUAAAGUGAAUAUUAAUAUUUGAUCAAUUUUCCAAAUCAAAAUUUACUAUCAGGAUAUGAUGAUUUAAAAAUUAGCAUUACUAAAGUACUAAAUAUCCCUGAAUUUUAACCUUUUUUGUAAGAAAAUUAUUAAAUCAUAACCCUAUAUGAAAAAACAAAUUUUGGGGUAGACUAUAAUAUAACUUUUCGUGAAGCUAUUCAUUUAUUAUUAAAUUAUUAAUAUGAGUAUAAAUUAGCUUACACUAUAAAAUCGAUUAUCGUAGAUGGUCCUUAUUUUUAUUACUCAUAUAAAAAUUACAUAGUUUUGUUUAAAAAGUUUUUAGAGUUGUAAAAUUUCACUCUUGAUUAGACAUUUAUGUUAUGCAAUAUAAAUAUAAAAGAUAAUCAACUUUAUUUGAUAAUAUUUGAUUGUUUGACUUUUUUAUUUAUAAUUUUGAAGGUUUAUCAUAAAUUUUAAAUUAGAUAAUUUAAAAAUAAGAUUUUAACAUUAAUUAGAAAUUAAGAUUUACUUUAAAAUGAAUUAGAAAUUGCUAAUUUAAAAUAACUUUAGGUCGAAAUGUUAAAUAAUAGACACAUGGUUUAUGGAUACAGAUUAGAUAUUGAAACAAUUGAUAAAUCGUUAAAAAUGAGAGAAAAAAAUUUUAAAUAAAAUUAAAUGAAUUCAAAGAGAUAAAUAACUUUGUAAAUAAAAAAGUAGAUAUGUUUAAUAAAUUUCCAUUUUUUAAUAUUUUUUGGAUUGAGCCUUGGAUUUUACAUAGUCAUAAGAAAUUACUUAGAAAAUUAUAAAGAAACUGCUCUUUUUUAUUAAAAAGUAUCAGAUACUAGUGUGAAUGUAUUAACUGUAUAUGCUUGGAAAGAAGCCUUAUAUUAUAAAGCAACUUUUACAUUUUUAAAUUCAACAGAAUUUGAAUAAUUCUCUGAUCAUCUUUUAGUUAGUUUAAAUUCUUUAUAGGAAAUGACAUCGGCAUUAUUAGAUAUGGAUGAAUUAAAUUUUUUAUUUGGUAAUUAGGCUACUAAAAUGACAAAUUUAUUAACGAAAGAUUCUGUAUGUGAUAAUUUAAGUGAUGUAAAAUUUAAUUAAAUAUUUAGAAUUAUAAAAUGAAAGCAGAAUAUAUUUGUGAUUAGGUAAUGUAAGGUGUUUUGACAAAAGGAGUAAUAAAUUCCUUAAAUUAUAUGAUUAAUAGUGUAAAAACUGAAUAUGAGGAAAAUCGUUUUGAUACAAGAGUAUCAUAUCAAAAAUUAGAAUUAGAAGGAGCUUCUCUUGUAUCAGAUGUGCUCUCAUAAUUAAUAAGUUCUCUGAAAGAAGAGUUUAAAUAAUUAACAGCAAAUGUGUAAUUAGAGAUAUUUGUAAUAUUAGAAUUAAAUUUUAGAUUUGCGUAUCUUUAUUUAUUUUAUUUGAAUUAGUGACAAUUCACUAUUUAGAGUAUUCAUCUAAAAUUGAAUAAAGUAGAAUAGAUUUGUUAAAAAAGUUUAUAUAUUUGAUGCCUUCAGGAACAUUAUUUUAUGAUGAAUAUUUUUAAAGAUAAGUGAAGAGAGUAAUGAUAACUGAAAAAUUAGCUUGA